ACCAAGUGGGGUCAAAGACCGAACUAGUUCGAACUGGAUCAGUUUGGUAGACAAGUUGGUUGUAGAGGGUUUGAUUCUCUGAUCUUUUGUUAAAUUGCGUAUUUAGCUGUCAACUUUUCCGUCGAUACCAUUUUGUGACUUUCAAAGUCAAGGAUGUUUGUUCUGGUGAGUUUUUUUACCUUUUACUUUGACAUAUUUUUUUUCUUCGUCAUUGACAUAUAGUAGAGUCACGAGACUCUCAAUGACGUUUAAUAUUUUAUCUUCGUUAUUAAAAAACAAUGCCGUAAACCUGUUGCUUUGUUUUGCAAUAUUGUGCUUUAUAUAUAACACUAAAACUUUAUAAAAUGUUUUAGAUAUAGUAAAUGUAGAGAAAGGAACUAAACUGCUAAAGUUUAGUUGGGUUUAUCUUUUUUGGAAGACUGACGUAGUUUGUAGUUGUACUUUGGUCGGGUAUAUCAGUUAACCUGCGAUAAGGCAAAAAUGAAAAUAUAAAAAGCGUUUGUGCCCAAGCACAAUAUAGGAGAAAUAUGGCGUUUUAACUACAGUUUUAGUCCUAAAAUGGGCCCCAGGAAAUUUAACAACUUUCCAAUUUGUACUUAUAGAGGGAAGGUUGUAUCCCUGGGCCAUUAGCCUUCGAUAGGUGCAGGGCAGUGUAAAAUAUUGUAUGGCACAUUUGGCUUUAUCAUACCUUAAAUUUUUAAUAUUUUGACCACAGGAAUUAUGAAAUAAAAAUCUUCAUUUUUUCUAUUUUUAUAGGGAGUGAUCUUUUUACUGUCAUGUUAUAUGUCUCAGUCCAUGCAGUGUGAUCUUACAAAGGAACACCCUGUGAUAGACAAGACGUCUAACAAAACUUUGGGUUGUAUGAAAUGUAGAACUUGUAAAACAGGAAAGGAACCAAAGAUACCAUGUGGUACACCUGUUGGCAGGUUUGAGCAGGUUGGAGAUUGCAGACAAUGCAAGAAUGGAACGUACUCUGCAACAGAAGACACAAGGGAGUGUCAAAUUUGUCGUAGUGAAAAGUGUUUCAAACAUCAAGUCAUCAAGGGGGCAUGUCUUACUAAUCGGAAGGAUGAGUCGUAUUGCAUUGACAAAUGUGACCAUGGCUAUGUAAUGAACAAGGAGAGAACUGCAUGUGAAGUCUUGACACCACAGCAGAGAACACCAGAGAAGCCUACAACAAGCAAUCCUACAACAAGUAACCCGACAGCAAACCCUACAACAAGCAACCCUACAACAAGCAACGGAACCCGACAACAAGCAACCCUACAACAAGCAUCCGACAACAAUGGAAUCGACAACGAACCCUACAACAAGCAACUUGAAAGGAAAGACGUUUACAACAAGUAAACACACAACAAACAUUACUUGUUGGAUCGGAAAGCUAGAUUAAGACGUUAAGGUUAAUAAGUGCAUCUUGUGAUUAGUUGUCAAUGACACUCGCAUCUGCUUAUAGAUAAUCAACCUUUAUUUUAUUACAUAAUUGGUUUAAUAUGACAAGUGUACAUCAUGACAGGCAAUUGAUAAAACUAGAAUAGUGAAGCGAAUAGUGCGAAUAGUGCGAAUAGUCGACGAAUAGUGCGAAUAGUCCGCGAAUAGUCGACGAAUAGUGCGAAUAGUCCGCGAAUAGUCGACGAAUAGUGCGAAUAGUCCGCGAAUAGUCGACGAAUCAGUAUGAAUAGUCCGCGAAUAGUCGACGAAUAGUACGAAUAGUCCGCGAAUAGGCGACGAAUAGUACGAAUAGUCGACGAAUAGUGCAAUAGAGACUUUGCAAGGCUUUGCAGCAGUGCUGUAGAACUAAAUUUACCGGGGGGGAGGUGGCUCUGUUGACAAACAUGAAAUCGUGAAAACAUUCGUCGACGUACGUCAAUGACGUCAUACGUAAUCGGUAAAAAGUACGGGAACCACUGAGUAUUUUAAUAAAAUAUAAAACAACGGUAACUUCGAAAAUAAGCAUUUUAAUAUUGUAGCCUUCGACUAAAAUUCAGUCAUCGUCAGGAAACAUAUCAUAUUUUUUAAAAUUUAUAAUCAUUCCUGAUGGUAAAGUGGUAACCAUAUAAGUCAUAAAUUUUACUGAUGGAAUUUUAUAGGAAUUUUACUUGUAAGUUAUGGCGUUGUAACUGAAGAUUUAAGGGCUUAAGUGAGUUUCGUGUGCUUGGAAAACGUGAUUUACAUCACGAAACAAGAGAAGGUAUCGAUUUAGGGACCGAUCGUUUAUUACGUCUCAGGGGGGGCGGUGGUUUUUUUAAAAACAUUAUCAAUAAAAUAUGCACACACCCCCAUAUUUUUUGGAAAUGAAAAAAUGACCCCCCUGUUCAACUAUAUAGAUUAAAAUUUAAAAAUAUACCCCCCCCCCAAUUGCACUAGGCAUUUCUAGGCAUCAAACCUCAGUGCAUCAAAUAUUCAAAUUAUAAGGCCUCGCGAAAUUGCUAAUUCAAUAUAAUAUCGAGUCAUAUAUAAAAGCAAGAUUGCAUAUUUUGGCAUUCAAUACAAAACAGGAAAACGUUAUACAAAAAUAUCAUAUUAAUGAAUAAUAUAAACAUGUAAAAGUAAAAAUGCAAUAAUAUUUAUAUAUUAUUAUAAAAUGUAGAUAAAAAAUACCUUUUUUGAAACAUUUUCCGCCAUGUUUUUUUUUUCAGGUGUAAACCAUUGACUGCAAUUAUUCCGUACAGCGGAGUCACUAAACUAAACUUUCAACUAUAAAGAGUUGAAUGCUAAGAACUAGAUUCCAGUCUUCUCUAUGCAAAAAUUGCACACAAUGGCGCAAUCUUGCUUGAUUAGUUUUUAUUUGUUUUUCUUCUUUUCAAAUUUAAAAUGGUAGAUAUAUUUUGAAUUUCAUCUCAUAAACCAAAUAAAGUCAUUUUAAUAUGAAAGAAUCGUUUGCAAUUUCAAAAUUUAACCCCCCCCCCCUCUUUUCCUUUUGGGAAACAAAAAACUACCCCCAAAAUAUCCAUAUUUAAAAAUUAAACCCCCUCAAAACCAACCCCCGCCAGAGACGUAAUAAACGAUCGGUCCCUUAUUAUUUAAGCCUGUUUUGGGGCGAAUUUGUCCGCGCGAAACGAAAACCAAAUUUCGGCAAUGUGAUUGGUCAGCGAAAAAAUUCGCCGCGAAAAAGUUGGAUCAGUUCCUACUCUUUUACAUGUCGCUUCGCGGGGUGAAGAUUUAAAAUGUUGUCGUCCGGAAAACUUUUUGGUUUGUCGGCGCCACUGAUUGUCAUUCUACUUCCUGUUAAAUAUUUGUUAAAACUCAGUGGUCACGUAAUUUUUACCGAAUACGUAUGACGUCAUUGACAUCAACGAAUGUUUUCACGAUUUCAUGUUUGUCAAUGGAGCCCCCCCCCCGUUUCGAUAAAUUUAGUUCUACAGCACGGUGGAAAGCCUUGCAAAGUCUCUAUUGCACUAUUCGUCGACUAUUCGUACUAUUCGUCGACUAUUCGCGGACUAUUCGUACUAUUCGUCGACUAUUCGCACUAUUUGUCGACUAUUCGCGGACUAUUCGCACUAUUCGUCGACUAUUCGCGGACUAUUCGCACUAUUCGUCGACUAUUCGCACUAUUCGCUUCACUAUUCUAGUUUUAUCAAUUGCCUGCGUUUUACACGUUAAAGACUUUUGUUGAAAUUACAUACUUGAAACUAUCGUCUCUGGUUUUCAAUCGGUAGCUGCAUUGUCAGGACCAGAGGUAGCUGAUAUGUCGGGAAAAGCACAUUUGAUGACAGAUUGAUGACGUAUCGAUGUAAUGCAUUGCGAGCAUAGGGCGAAAGGCGGU